AUAACAAGGAAUCAUUUUCUUUUUAAAUCGCCAUUUCUUGGGUUGAUGUAGGGCCAUUUGGGUAUUUUGACGCACCGUUAGAAACCACGCUAAUAUGGGGGGCACUGGAACUGUUAGUGAUCAUAAUGCAGUUUGUGUCACUGUGACGGACACAUCCGAAAGCUCAAGCGAAAUAACAUCUGACUCUGAUGGUUCAGGAAGUUUGAACGAGUUUCCAAAGAGCACAUCUGCAUGGGACUGUCAUUUUGUUGACAAACUGGGGGUGAGAUACAGACAAUGCGACAUCUAUGAAAUCAUCUUGAACCGAUGGCGUUUAUUUAAUUUGUUUAAAGAAGACUAUCUUCAAGUUGAGAGCUGUCUCAAAGCAUGUGAUUUAGAGGCUAAUUACGAUUCUUUGGAAGACAUACCCGUUGAAAAAGCUUUUGCGCCUGAGAUUCAAUGGAGAACCCGCGUUCAAACCCAAGAGAACGACAUUUUAAGAGAACCGUUGGUAUCGAAAUGGUUUUUAGGGAAAUUGACAGAAAUAAACCGUUGCAUAGCAUCCAUUAUUUCACAAAUGAAGCCUGGUGGAGUUGUGUCAGAAUUAAAAUAUCAGGUUCUAUUUGAAAAAGUGCUGCAGGCAUUUGGUUUAACAACUUUGAGUGAUCCAUUUAUAGUUACACAGAAAGCUCAAAUCUUGGGUAGAACUACAUCAUCAAAAGCUGACAUUUUGUGUUGUCGUGAUGAUUUGGUACACCCAGUUAUUUUUGUUUGUGAGUCCAUUCAUGGAAACUGUUUUAAGGUAAAGAAAACCUUGUCAAGAGAUGAUGAUGAUUUGUCACCUCCCAAAAAGAAGCUCAGAACUAGCUCCCUUAUUGAUGCUGAAACUUCUUACAUUGGGGACCAAAAGAUCUGGUCUCAGCAUAUAGGCGAACUGUUUGUACACCUGGAAUUGUCACCGAUAUCUGAUAGAGUACUUGGCUUUACCAUUGAGAAAACUUGGAUACGAGUUACAUUCCUUAAAGUCCAUCCAACAGGUAUGCAGAAAAUUCAAAACACCCCUGUAAACAGACCUGGAUCAUUGAAAUUGAAUGACGGAGAAUAUCCAGAAUUUUACUAUAGUCGACGGUAUAAUUUCUUAAAAAGACAAGAUCGCAAGGAUCUAUUUAAGGCACUUUUGCUAAUUAAAAUGAUGGAGGUCAGAAGAGAGGCAGCUCGAAAAAGUUAAUUGCAAAUUAGCUCAUAGAAAUCAUUAUGAAUACAUGUUUGUAUAGAUGCUUACUUUUACAAUCUAUUCAUUCAUUUUAUAAAAACAUUAUUGUAAUUUAUUUGUAUAACAACUGGUUCAGACUUCUACUAUGGUGAAGUACAUAUUUACAUGUAAGAUAAAAUACUGUGGUUAUUUAUGCUGGUGGUUAAGUACGCAUUUUAUUUGAUCAAACAAUAUGCAUGGGUAUUAGGUACAUGGAUGCAUGAUUUACCACACCUCAGUUUUCUCAAUUUUUUACACCAUAUGCGUAAUGGUAUUUUACAUGGUUUUCAUCUUACUGUGUAAAUAGUGCCCCUUGAGUAAAUAACCACUUUUACAGUGUUGUAUAUUCAACAAGUUGGAAAGAGGUUGCUUUCAGAAAAAAUGUAUUUGUGAGUUUACAUUAUUUAUUGAUGUGUAUUUACAUAUGAUUUUUAUUAUUUGUUAUUAAUAAUGUUAAUAAUUACAUUUUCAGCUCACUUCAGCUUUAAUUUUUUUUUAGCAUUUCUGAUACAUUGAAUAGCAUGUGCUGUCUACCAAUCUGUACAAAAUUUACCUAUUACAUUUCCUCUAAAACCAAUCAAACAUGCCACAAAGUAAAAGAUGACACGUUUUUAAAUUUGCUUAAACCUAAUUUGGUGAAUAGCAUCUGUAUGGGAAAAGGGAUUUUGGUUUAUCAAGUUGAGGGUUGUUAAAAUCAUAUUGAAAUAAGUUAAAAGUUAUAAUGCCAGUGAAGUUAUUAUGUAGGGAAAACAUCUUGAAGAUUGUUUUAUUUUGAUAAAUUAAUGUUUUGAAGUAAAAUAUUGGUGUUUUUUGACUGGAAAACAUCGAACGCAUGCUUGCUCAAGUACCAUUUUUAACUAUGAUGUGAAGAAUUGUAUGAACAAAAUCAUGUUAUAAUUGUACUAGAGCAGACCUGUGCUCAAUACUUUUAAAGGCAAAAUAUGAAGGAAAAAUUGUAAUUUAAUUUGCUUGCAUGUUUGCAGCUAUUAGCCCAAUUUAGAGAUGUCAUAGCUGAUAUCAAGUUAAGGGCGCCUUUUAGUGCUCAGUCUAUCUAUCCAUUAGUGAUUGCUUAUCUUCUCUCCCCUGGCUCAUACUUCACCCACAGAGUGCCUUUGAAAAUAGGGUUUGCAGUUAUCUUGAACUAUGUUUCUAGCUAUAGGUUCAAGGUUAAAGUCAUCGCAGAAUUAUAUAUAAAAUCGUUGCCCAUGGCUUAUCUUCUCUCCCCUUGGUUCAAUCUGGCGAAUACUUCACUCACAGAAUGUCUACAGUCUAAGGAUUUACAUUGUUUAUGAAUAAAGUUUUUAGAUUAAGGGUCAAGGACAUAUUAGAAAACACAAAAAUCCUUUUUUUCAGAGCAUGUACUCUUAACAAAGCUUAGAGUUCACACAGAAUAAUGUAUUUCAUAUAUGAAAUAAGCACAUUAAGUUGUCUUGCCAUCAGGGUGACUGAUUUCCACUUAAGUAUUAAAUUGUAAAGAACGAUUCAUUGACCUUGACCUAAGGCUGUCCCCCAAGAUAGCAACUAUUUCAUAAGGUGAAGCAGAGGUAAAUAGUUGCUGUUGAGGGAGACAAUAAAUUUGCUAUCAUCUGAAAAGUCAGUAAAUAGGUAUUUCAUUAUACCAAAGAAAACUAAAUUAGUUGGCGAUGCAGAUUUUCUUGAUGAUAAACAAAUUAGAGUGAUCAGAGUUUAAAUUCAAUGCAACAGAGCUGUUCCAAGUUUAAACAGGAGGGAAAUCGAAUGGCACCGGUGAAUAGUUUGAUGACUAUUUACCAUGGGUAGAUAGCACGAAAACUAUUUCACGGUUAGGUAGAAUAGCAUGUUUAUUCGUUGUAAUUUUACAUUAAAAAUAUUCACUAAAUUUUGUUAUGAUAUUAUUAAUAAAUUGGCAAAGGGGGGUGGGUGUAAUUUGACCAUAUCAAAUAUAGUUCGUCUAGGGUAAGGUCAUCUGAAGUUAACUAUUGGUCAUGUACUGAUAACUCAUUCAAUUUCCUAAAAUGAAAUGAAACACACACAUAAAACUGUCUGUUUCCUCUGAAACAGAAUUUGUGAAAUUAUUAGGGGGUUUCAACCCCUAUGGAUAUUUUGAUUUGCUUUAUUAUUAACUGAAGGUCUACCAACAAUUUGUAGACAAAGUUGUUUUGAGCUUAUGCUUGACCCUUGAAGUUGGCAUCAAGACCUGGUUAAAGUUUUUGAGCAGGUCCUGUAUUUAAGUUAGUAAUGGUCCUACCUUCACCAAUCUUGGAUGGAUGGGACAUCUGGGCAUAGUAAUGGACUUAAAAGACUAGUGAAUGCUGAACUUUAGCCAUCCACUUCAGAUGUGUGAAAAUGUUAAGUUUUUAAAUCAGAUGCCCUUUGAAGACCCUAUGUAAAUUAUUCCUCGGUCAUAGCUUUACCAAACCUGCAGGAAUGGUGCAUCAUAUGAUACAUUUACUAAUGCGUUUGACAGGCUUAGAUCCUGAGCAUAAAGGUUUGUUGUAGGAGAUAAAGGAUUUUGGAGCAGGUUAAAGGUUUUGGAGCAGGUGCCCUUUGAUGGUCAUAUCUUUACCAAACUUUCAUUGCUAAUGCUUAUCUUGUAAUAAUGAUGCACUUGACUUGGAUGCUGGUUUCAGAUGUUGGAGAGGGUUAAAGGUUUCAAAGCAGGUGCCCUUGGAUUGUCAUACCUGUCAUAUAUUGUCAAUCAUAUCUAUGAAGUUAAUUGGAGUAAAGUAGGACCAGUUUUUCUAAGCGUUUUCAUAAUGGGGAUCAGGUUCUGAUCUGAACCUAUGUUUCAAAUCAACAUGAACCAGAAAAGUUGGUCAGGACAGAAUUUUCUUUCAAUAUUCAAUUUACCUACUAUCAACUACUCAAUGAAAAUUAACACCUGUCCAAGCUUCCAGUUAAUUAUGAUCAAGUUGUCUAUCUGAAGCUACCUUUAUAUAAUACAUUAGUCUUUAUAUUACCUGUGCAAGUCUGAUUGAGUAUGAACAGGAUUUGCUUUGUUUAAUUAAUAAACAAUGCUGUAAUUGAUUUACCAUGACAUGUACAUCAUAUCAUCUUCAUGCAAUUGUGCAUGUAAAUGUAAUUGUGCUCAUAUUUUAGAUGUGUUUGAUUAUGAUGUGUAUUUUUAUGUAUUUUGCUUUUUUUUUUUACCUGCUAUGGUUUCAUUCAUAAUUAUUGAAUAAUCAUUGGUAUACAUCUUAAUGGAUUAAAGUCACAUUUUCAUUUUUCGAGGAUAGAUAUAUCCAAGAACAAUGACACUUCAUGUACCAGUAUUUUAAACAUCUGUUAGUACGGUUUGAAUUGAACAUUUGAUUUCAUGGAUCAAUACCACAAAGAAAUCUAGGGAAAUAGAUGUUUAACAAAUAUUGAAGAAAAAUAAGUUGUUUAAAAUUCUCAGGGAAGUCUGUUAUUAAGAGAUAAUUGUUGAUAAUGUUAGACAAAUAUAAUAACUUUUUUUCAAAAUGAUUAUGACUAUUUUCUGACAUAAGUCAAUUUCAGAAAUUGAAUAUAGUUAGUUAUUUAAAAGACAAGGGUUUAAAAAUUGUCCUUUUAUUAUUUACUGCCAGUAAUACAUAUUGUAUAAUUAGUUCUCAAGGUUGAAUAUGAAAACAUGUACAUAUAAUUUUGUAUUGUUUAAGUCGAUUCUCAAAUAUUCCUCCCAAUUCAGAAUGGUUUUUAUUAGCUCACCUGAACCAAAGGUUCAAGUGAGCUUUCCUGAUCACCUGUUGUCCGUUCGUCUGUAAACUUUUCACAUUUUUGACUUCUUCUCUAGAACCACUGAGCCAAAUUUAACCUAACUAUGUACAAAGCAUCCUUAUGGGAAGGGGAUUCUAAAUUGUUAAAAUUAAGGACACAACCCUUUUUUAAAAGGGAGAUAAUUGCGAAAUUGUGAAAAUUGGGUGGGUGUCUUAAAAAAAUCUUCUUCCCAAGAACCACUGCACCAGAUAUGCUAAUAUUUACACCAAAGCUUCUAUGUGAAUAUUUUAAAUUGUAAAAAUCGUGAUCACCGGGUCAAUUCUGGGGUCCCAAGAGGAGUUCAAAGUUUAUUAACUGAAAGAUGAAAUUAACAUAGAAAUAUAAAGGGAAAAGAGUUUUUAAAAAUAUUUUCUCAUGGACUACAAUGCUACAAUUAGUGAUAUUACUAUAUAAGUACCCUAAGAUAAUGUAGAUUGUGAAAACCGUGACACUAGGACUAAUACUAGGGCCCCAACAUGUUCAAAGUUUAACAUAGACUUAUAUAAUGGGAAAAUUAUUUUUAACUCUUCUUCUCAAGAAUUACAAUGCUACAGUUCGUGAGAUUACUAUGCAAUUAUUCUAAGAUAGUGUAGAUUCUAAAAUGUCAAAAUCAUUUUUUAUUAAAAGAAGUAAUCAAAAAUUAAGAAAAAGAAAGAACUAUAUACGGUUUGAGCCUAAAAUGGCCCCCUUAAAUGAACACUAUCAUUUUACUGUAAUUCUUUGUUUUAUUUGUACAAAUAUUCAUUUGAUGUAUUUUCAUAAUUUUCAUUUUGAUUUUAGUGCCCACAAUUGAAAAAUAUGACAUCAUAUAGUUAACCUUUUUAUGCCAUUUUCUCAUUUUAAGCAUAAAACGGCUUGUUUUGAAGCAGUUUGUCUUUUAGGAAACAUUGAGCGACUGCUUGAACAAACAAAAUAUUUUCACCAAAGAUAUAUCUCUCCAAUACUUAAAAGUGACAAAAAGUUCAUUCUUGUUCAAUGAGUCGCUCUAUAUUUCCCAUUUGAAAAAAGAUAAGAAAAAUGUUAAUUUUUGACUGAUUUUGAUUGAAUUUUAAAAAUAGCGUCACUUCUGACGUCAUAUACUGUCAUUGAGUGCAUAUAAAUCAAAUAAAUAGGUGAAAAACAAAUUUUAUGUCAACUGUUUUAUAAAAUAACACAACAAAUUAAUGUAUCUGAAUCAUUUUAAAAACAGCUAAUUAUGGGGGCCAAAUUUGACUAAAAUCAUAUAUAGUUCUUUCCAUGAUAAGUUUAUAAUAGUUAAAUUAUCAUUCUGGGAAUAUGUUUAUCGACUUGUUUUUCGGAAUUUCGAUCCCGACAUCAAUUACUAACAUAUCGGUAUCCAAGUGAUCGGGAUCAAAGAUCAUAAAUUUAUACAACAACUGCAAAAGGUGUGGAUCUUAGUUCUUACGAAGUUUUAGUUCACAAACACACAGUUAGGAAAGAUAAAGGAACAAAAGAUAAUAAAAGGUUAUGAAAAGAAAAGUAGAAAUCAUUGAUAGACUAUAUCAACUAUAUAUAAGCUUUCCAUGUUUUUUUUAGUUAAGUCUAUAAGACAGAUAAGAAUGCAAAAUCUAACAUGUCUAAUGUCCUCAUCACACCUGCAAUAUUUUAUUUGAUGAAUCGGUAAAGAAUAUUUAAAUGAUUGAAAUACAAAACAUAGACCAAUAUCAUCUUAAACUAGUAGGCUAAUUGUUCUCGAACAAUUAGAGGUCUUUCCACCUUAAUAUUUUUAAUGAAUUGCUAGAUUGCUCAAUAAGGUAUACAAAAAACUAUUAUACCUAUGAUACAUGUUGUACUAUAAAAUGGGAAAACCACAAAGCCAUAAAAUGAUAAACGAUUUUUUAAGUGAUUUUUUUUUUCAAGCCAUUUCUUUAAGAAUUCCAUAUUGUAUAUAUCGUUAACAUUUAUUGAAUUACUUUACAUUUCUGAAUUUUUUCCACUAUGAACAAAACUGAGCCAAGGUAAUAUUAUGUUCUUAUUCGUUCCACUCAGACGAACAUAAAUAAUUUAUAAAAGAAAACACAAACACGUAUAUUAGGAUGUGAAGCGCUCUGAAGUGCAGUUUACUUAUUACACAAAUCUAAAUACAUGGUUUUCUUCUUUAUCUUCAUUUCUACAAAAUAGAACAAUAUUUUAACAUAAUAUUCCAAUAAACAUCAAAAGCAAGGGCGGGUGGGUGGGAAUUAAGUUAUCUGCACUGAAAAGAGCCUUCGAAUGGCUAUAUAACUUUCUGCGCUAACAUCGGUCAGUUAAAACCCGUGCAAUGAAUAUUUAAAUGUCACCUGACAAGGUGACCAACAACUAACCAAUAGAUAACAGGUGUAAAUAAACACGAACACGUGUUAUUUGGACCUUUAAUAAAUACAUUUCUUUACACAAUCAUAUAAAAAGUAAAGCUAACAAUAGAAGAGAGUGUUCUACAGGCUAGCUGUCUUUUAAAAAAUGAAUGGGUUGACUGUAAAAACAAGUUCCACUUGAGUAACCACAGGACUUGAUAUGAUACCUGGCUGACCCAAUUGAAUACCUUAUUGCGCAAUCCAGCAAGCUAUUGAAACCUUAACUAUAAUUCUGUAUAUCAAAUUAUAUAAAUAUUGAUUAAUUAGCCGACUUCCAAAUGACCAUAGCCUUUGACCUUUAUGUCAUUUUGUUCGGCCAAGGUAGACGCUUCUAUUCCAAGUGGUCAGAACUCUCUAUGAUGGAUAGUAAAAAAGUUGGAAGUGAUUUUAUUGAAGUUUCAAUACUUUCAGGGGCAAUAACUGCUAGAAAGGGGCCUUAGAUCUUUUCGGUAUGAAUAGAUUGAAUAACCCUCUAAGUGUACUGAAGACAAUGGUAAAAGUUCCAUAUCUCUAUCUCUUAUGGUUUCAGAGGAGUAGCGAUAACAAGCAUUUCGUACAAUAGGGGCUACAACUCUGUAAUUAUUCAAACGUAUGAGCCAAGGGGCUAUAUUUUAAAAUGUCUUAAGAUGUCCUACUAUAUCCAUAAAAAAGUUUUUCUCUACCACCCUAAACAAAAGAGAUAUAAAAACUCAUUAAUUAACAGCUUCUCAAAUGACUUUGACCUUUAUGUCAUUUUGUUCGGCCAAGGUAGACGCUUCCAUCCCAAGUGGUCCGAAGUCUCUAUGAUAAAUAGUAAAAAAGUUGGAAGUGAUUUUAUGGAAAUUUAAAUUCUUUCAGGGGCAAUAACUACUACAAGGGAGCCUCAGAUCCUUUUGGUAUGAAUAGAUUGAAGAACCCUCUAAGUGUAAGAAAGACAUUGGUAAAGGGUCCUAAUCUUUAUCUCUUAUGGUUUCAGAGGAGUAGCGAUAACAAGCAUUUCCUUCUCAAAGGGCAAUAACUCUGUAAGUUCUGGGAGUUCUUUGACAAAGGGUCAAUUGGUAUCAUAACUUUUAAUGAGCAAUUACAUAAAGUUUAAUUUGUUUGGAUAACUCUAAUAACAAAAAAGUCACCCCGAGCUAAAUAGAAAAAAAGAAGAAG